UUCCAAGAUAGGUAUUUUUAGUCUAAAUUAUUAGCUUCUGAAAGUGGCUUGAUCCAAAGUUUUGAGAUCAAUCAUCCUGAGGAAAAACAAGAAAUUGAUAAUAGUAUCACGAUGAGCCAAGCCUUGAAGAAUAUCUUCUUAAAUUACAUCCCUAGUGCUCUUACGAUGUAUAUUGAGUAUUCAGUAACAUUUCUGAAUGUGCUUUUCAUCAGUCUUUUAGAUGAUCCAGUUCUUGUAUCUGGCUGUGGUCUGGGGCUCUUUUUGGUGACCAAUGUAAUCUUCACAUGGAAUGUAGGCCUCUGCGGAGGGAUAGACACUCUUGUCUCUCAGGCCUUUGGAAGAAAGGAUUAUAAAUUAUGUGGGACAUACUUAAACACUUCAAAAAUAUUAUUCUGCAUUUUGGCAAUUCCCCAAGCUUUAAUUCUUUUUAAAUCGAGGAGUAUCUUGGCUCUCUUUGGUCAACCUGAGGAUGCAUCUAUUGUUGCUCAAAAGUAUGCAAGCGUUGUUAUGUUUGGGAUGUUUCUCAAUAUGCAGUUCGAGGCAACAAGAAGGUUCUUAAUAGCACAAGGGAUCUUCAGGCCGGUAUUAUACACUCUAACAUUCACAACUAUUUUUCAUAUAAUAGGAUUGUACAUCACUGUCCUUCACUUAGGAUGGGAAAUUAAUGGUGUAGGGCUAGUGACGGUGUGCACAUUUAUCCUUAACUACUCGAUAAUCCUUGUCUAUGUCAAUAUCAAGCAGAAAAGGGUUUUAUCCAAUGAAUGGUUCUUUAUGGAUAAAGAAGCUUUAAGAGCAAUCCCUGAAUUUUUGAAAUAUGGAAUUCCAGCGGCUCUAAUGAUGAUGAUCGAAGUUUUAGGGUAUGAUAUGCAGACUAUUUUUGCAGGAUGGCUAGGAUCAAGCCAACAAGCAGCCAAUAUAAUAAUGUUCCAGAUCUGGAUUUUAAUAUUUAUGAAUUCAUUAGGAGUUACUUAUUGCUCAACAAGUCUUGUUGGAAAUUCUCUUGGAGGAAAUAAACCAGAGGCUGCGAAGACAUAUUCUGAAGCUACUUUCAUCUUUGGGUUUUCAACUACCUUUGUGCUUGCAUUAAUUUAUUACAUCUUUAGACAUGCUAUUAUUGGAGCAUUUACAUCAAACCAAGAGGUUACGUACCAUAUUAUGGACUGCUUUUCAUUAUAUUUGAUAGCACUUUUCUCUGAUUGUGGACAAGGUUUCGGUCAAGGAAUCAUCAGAGCAGCAGGAUAUCAGAAAUUAGCUUCCUGUGUCCAACUGGUAUCAUUAUGGGCUGUAUUAGUUCCCUUAGCAUAUGUCCUUGCCUUUGUAUUUGAUUUUGGCUUCAAAGGAAUUUGGAUAGCAACUCCUAUUUCAGCUACAAUGUUAAUGAUUGGAUACAUCGGAAUCAUUUUCUGUAUUCCAUGGACCAAGCUUGCUGAGGAAGUAUCAAAGAAGAGGUCAACGGACUCAAACGAUUCAGAAGGGGAAUCAGCUCAGAGUCUCCUCUAAAACUCACUAAAAACGCUCAAAACCCAUAAUUUUCAACAUUCGAC